AUGGAUUUGCUAAGAGAACGAUCACAAGAUAUUCGCAAUUUAUAUAACAACUAAGUGCCAAUCAAAUAAAUAAGUAUGCUCAAAAAUUUGAUUCUCUGAGUAUAGGGAGAAGAUUAGAUAAAUAAUAGAAACCGAUUCCAUGAACUAAUUAUAUUAAGGCAAGAAACUUAAUUAGAAUGAUCUUCUACAAUUUCAAGAGACCAUAAAAUUCAUAAUUAAAAUAAUUGCAGUUAAUUUUGAGGUUAAUUUUCAUAAAUUAUAAUAAGUUACUCAAUAUAGAACCAACAUUAGCUUCAACAACUAAAAUUAUAAUUGAUCUUUAUCUAUUUUAUGGUCUUCCUUCUAAAGCAGAUUAAUUAUAACAUGAAAUAUAUAACUAGAGUAAACAAUCUAUUUUUUUGACUUUAUUACAACAUAUGAUAGACAUAACAAGAAUGACAUUAGAAUUUACAAUAAAAAGAUAAACAAAUCUAAGAAUCUUUUGUGUAGGAAAAGAAAUUGAUAAGAAAAAACCAACAUCUAAUCCUCCUAAAAGACUUAAUUAUAUUAGUGUAUAAAGGAGUGAAUUAAAUACUUAAGAAAAAGUAAUAUAAUCUAAAUAAUCUAUACGUCAUUAUGAAACAUAAUCACCAAAUGAAUCUCCAGAAAAGAAUUAAAAAAUAUUAGAAGAAAUUUAAGUUACUUCCAGGGAGAAUUCUUUUUUAAGAUGUCAUCAAAUAAGAAAAACAGAAAUUGUUACGAAAACCUAUCUACCAAGUAUUUACUAACCAAAAUUUAACUAAUAAUCUCUCUUUCGACAAUUAAAAUAAAGAAACUUAAGCAUUUCAAAUACUAUAUAAUCCUAUAUUAAGUAAAUUAAUGACAAAAUUAUUACUUGA